AUGCCGCGCUCUCAACACGCCCUCUCAACAUCGUCCAACUCGUCAACCGUCAUGGACAGGUCCACCGCGCCUGCAGACCCAGAAAAGUCGGACCACAUCCCCUACGAGUCCUCCUCCUCCGCCCGCCAAUCCCUAGAUCGCAUUCCCUCGCAGCAGCGCGACACCGAGGCCAACAUCUACCCAGAACCCACCAACGUCGUCGAGGCUGAUCUCGAAAAGGGCGGCUUGGCGCACGCGACAGCAACGCAAGAUGCCAAGACCGAUGGCCCGGUCGGUGGUGAUGCACCGGCACCGUCCGUGGCCGGCCCGCCGCCGGGGAUGAACCCGGCUGACUUUCCCGACGGCGGCGCCCAGGCUUGGCUUGUCGUCUUUGGAGGGUGGUGCGCGUUGUUCUGUACUUUUGGGUUGAUCAACUGCGUCGGCGUCUUCCAGGCGUAUUAUGUGUCUGGUCCCCUCAGCUCGUAUCCUUCGUCGACUGUCGCGUGGAUCACCAGUCUGCAGGUCUGGGUAAUGACCUUUAUGGGCGUCAUUUUUGGCCGUUUGUAUGACACAUUCGGCCCCAAGUACCUCCUCUACUGCGGUACCGUCGUCUACGUCUUCGGUCUGAUGAUGACCUCGCUGUCAACGCAGUACUACCAGUUCAUCCUUGCCCAGAGUCUCGUCUCGUCCAUCGGCUCGAGCGCCUGCUUCAACGCCUGCAUGUCGUCCGUGACCUCGUGGUUCUUCAGGAGACGCGCAGCCGCAUUUGGCAUCAUGGUCUCCGGCUCCUCGCUCGGCGGCGUCAUCCUACCCAUCAUGAUGUCCAAGAUGAUUCCCCAGGUCGGCUUUCCAUGGGCCAUCCGCGCCGUGGCAUUCCUGUUUCUGUUCUUACUCGGUAUCGCGUGUCUGACCGUCAAGUCUCGGCUGCCGCCUCGCCCGCGCCCAUUCGUCUUCAAAGAAUACGUCGAUGGUCUGCGUGAGCCGCCCAUGGCUAUCACAGUAUGCGCAUUGUUCCUCUUCUUCCUCGGCAUGUUUUUGCCUUUCAACUUUGUCAUCCUCCAAGCGCGUGCGCAAGGUAUGGAUGAGAACCUCGUCAUUUACCUUUUGCCCAUCAUGAACGCUGUCAGCAUCCUCGGUCGCAUCGUUCCCGGCAUUGUCGCCGACAAAGUCGGUCGGUACAACGUAAUGAUCUGCAUUACCUUCAUCAGCGCAAUCUUCUGUCUCGGCCUCUGGAUCCCCGGAAAGAGCAACGCCGCAAUCAUCGUCUUCCUCAUCAUCUUCGGCUUCUCCUCCGGCGGCUUCAUCUCACUAGGCCCGGCCUGCAUUGCCCAAAUCUCCGACAUUAGACAGAUUGGCGUUCGCACCGGGACCGCGUUCGCCGUUCAGUCCUUUGGAGCCUUGGCUGGUAGCCCUAUUGCCGGCGCCAUUGUCGCGUCGCAAGGAGGCACCAACUAUCUUGGGCUUCAGCUGUUCUGCGGCUUCUCGAUGCUGGCGGCGGUUGGUGUUUUUAUCGCGGCGAGGACUGUGCAGGUGGGAUUCACGCUGAAAAAGGUUGUUUAA